UGGGUUCCAGGCCUCGUGACGGUCCCUGGGCGGCCACCCCGGGGCGCGGCCUCCCCCGAGGCAGGGAGGGGAGGAGCGCGUGGCCGUGGCCGGGUCCGCGGGCUGCGCCCCCGCUCCUCCCCGCGGCCCGGGCACACGUGGGCCCCGGGCGCCGCCUCCCCGCACCGCCCGCCCCCGGUCCCGCGCGUCCCCACCCACCUGGGGCCGCCCCCGCCGCCUAGCGGGCCCGGGGAUAAAGUGGCAGCGCAGACGCCGCGCCCUGUCGCCGCGGAGCCGGUGGCGCGCAGCUCGGCCCGGCGCUGGCCCGGCGCAGACGAGGACCCGCGGCGCUCGGGGAACGCGACAGCGGCGCUCGUGGCCCCGAUGAGGGAGCAGCCCUUACUUGCCCGGCUCUGAGUCUCCAUGCUGUCGUGGUUGGGAAGGCAAAAGCCAGGACAUGAUGGAAACAGGGCUUGAAGAUCCUUUCAGGAUGCCGGAGGAAAGUUCUCCCAGGCAGACCCCGCAGAGCAUUCCCUACCAGGACCUGCCCCACCUGGUCAAUGCCGACGGACAGUACCUCUUCUGCCGGUACUGGAAGCCUGCGGGCACACCCAAGGCCCUCAUCUUUGUGUCGCAUGGAGCCGGGGAGCACUGUGGCCGCUAUGACGAGCUGGCUCAGAUGCUGGUGGGGCUGGAGCUGCUGGUGUUCGCCCACGACCACGCUCUGGGGGCUGGACGUCCAGGGUCAGCAGGGGCGGUUCCCCUGAGGCCUCGCUCCACGGCGUGCAGACGGCCGUCUUCUCCGUGGUCAUCCCUCUGUGUGGUCUGUGUCCCCGUCUCCUCUUGUAAGGAUGCUGGUCGGAGUGGAGAGGCCGCGCCCCUGUGACCUCAUUUUAACGUGAUCGGCUCUUGUGAGAGGCCCUGUCUGCACACACGGUCUGUCCUGAGGGGCAUACGCUCUUGUGGGGCCACAGCCCCCAGCGCCGCCGUGGGAGUGAGCCCGCUGAGCCGUGGGCAGCUCUGGCGGCCGU